GCAGAAGCUUUGCCUCACAUGGCAGGUCUCUCCAAAUUCAUCAUCCUUGGAUUUUAUUGAUACAGAGGGGGAAGAGAAGAGAAGACUCAUAAUCUUCAUCUUGAAACCCUAGAUUCCUUAACGAAAUGGCGAUAGAGAUCUCAGUAGAUCUGAUAAACCAACUCAAGGUCUCGCUUCGAAAGGAGGCCAAGCUCUCUUCCGUCGGCGAUUACUCGGACUCAUCCUCCUCCAGCCUUCCCACAUCAGAGGAGGCAAUCGCAGAACUUGAUGCUUCAGCUCCGUACCUUCGUUGCCGGAACUGCAAAGGAAAACUUUUGCGAGGAAUCGAGUCUCUGAUCUGUGUCUUCUGCGGAAAUCAGCAACGCACGAGUGAUAAUCCUCCUGAUCCCAUCAAAUUUACCUCCACUUCUGCUUACAAAUGGUUUCUCAGCUCUCUUAAUCUCCAUGGAUCGGAGAUGGUAGAGCCACUUAAGGAAACGGAUGGAUCAAGCAGAGGAGCUACUAAGGCACCCGUCUUAAAAGGAAUUGCUUUGUCUAAGUUUCUUGAUUUGGAAAUACAAUGGUCUGCAAGUGAGGAUAAGUCUAUAAACAGUGGACCUGAUGAUGAACAAUCAGUGCAGAAUAAAAACCCUCUGAAUCUAGGCGGAAUUAAUCUUGAUGAUUUUUUCAUUGAGGGGAGAGGAGAUCUUUCCAAAGUGGAGCCAGCAGAGAUCAAACCUGUGGAAGAUGAUGAUGAUUUUAAGGAUCCACGUAGUCUUAGCUUAUUUGAUAGUGUAAAGAGUGAGGGAGUUGUUGGAUCUCAACAGCAUGAAAAUUUUGGUUUGUUUGACAAAAAAGAUGCACAUAAGAGUGUUUCUUCUGGGGAACAUGAGAAUCUUAGUUUGUUUGCGGGACGAGAUGCGCAGGAAAGUGUUUCCUUAGCAGAGCAGGGAAACUUUGGGUUCUUUGAGGAAAAAGAUGGUCAGAACUCUUUCAAAGAGAAUGAAAACCUUAGUUUGUUUGAGGGUAAAGUUGCUCAGAAAACUAGUUCUUCUAAAGAGGAUGAAAGUUUUGGUUUGUUUGAGGGUAAAGAUACUCAGAGAAAUAGUUCUUCCAAAGAGGAUGAAAGUCCUGGUUUGUUUAUGGGGAAAGAUGCUCAGAGAACUAGUUCUUCUAAAGACGAUGAAAGUUUUGGUAUGUUUGAAGGUAAAGAAGAUGCUCAGAGAAAUAGUUCUUCUAAAGAGGAUGAAAAUUUUGGUUUGUUUGAGGGUGCACCAUCAUCAACUGCUGACCUUAAGUCUUUUGAUGACAAGAUCGUUGCCACUUCUUCUGAUUGGGAUUCUGACUUUCAAUCUGCUGAUCAUAAUCCUUCUCAGAAAAAGGUUGGUGGUGACCCGUUUGUAAGUUCUCCAGUUGAUUUGGCUGCUCAUAUGGAUUCUGUCUUUGGUUCCGGAAAAGAUUUACUCUAUGCAAAACCUGGUGAUUGGUUGCAAGAUGAUUUAUUUGGUAAUGUCACUGGUGAGGCCCAAAACAGCGACUCAGCUGUCCAUGAUAAGAAUGAGGGACAGGUUGUGGGCGGCAAUGGAAGUUCAUCCAUGGAUAUUGAUUGGAUCGGAGAUGAUCUAUGGCAAACCAAUGAAAAGAAAUCCAUUGAGAAGACCCCCACAGAUGUUAAUGAUGAUGACGAUGACUGGAAUGAUUUUGCAAGCUCGGCUAACUCCAAGACUCCUAAUAAUCCACUUUCUCAAACCAUGGAAAGUUCUCAAGAUGAAUUUUUUUAUGGACAGGCGCAAGUUAAGAAUGGUGUUAAAGAACAGAGCGUAGAUGAGAAGCAGAAUACCGUGAUGUCUGACAUAGGCAAAGGUCAAGAAGAUGAUAUCUUUGGGACUUGGGAUAGUUUCACAUCCUCAACCAUUCCGCAGACCUCUGGUGAAAAAUAUCCGAAAAUGAACUUGUUUGGGGAAAAUAACAAUCAUAGAGACCUUGAUUUUGAUAGCAUCUCACGUUCUGAUUUCUUUUCUGAAAGUAGUGGCGGCAAAACCAACUCAGAGGAAGUCAAAGUCAUACCUUCAGGAACCUCAACCUUAGACAGAACGAGUGACCCUGAUGGUAGUAAAGAUCAAACAGUUGAUCUUGUUGUAGGCACAACGACAACAGCUCCCAAGUCAAAGAGUGAUGUAGCGGAGGAGCUGAUGUCACAGAUGCAUGAUCUCUCGUUUAUGCUCGAGACCAAACUUUCUGUGCCUCCAAUCUCCAAGACAGAGUAAUAUUUAUCACAUUGUACUCUCCAUCUCUCUUGCGGUCUCUUGUUUUUACUGGGGCUUGGAGAUUGCUUGUUUUCACGUAUAUAUAUUUCAUUUUUAAUAACUUCAAGGAUCCAAUUUUACUUGCUCUGUAGCCACAUGUGGUUGUUAGUCUAGUGGUGUUGUUCGUUCGGUUACUUCCAUUGAUCCUGGCCACUUGUGUACACUUACAUAACAACUGAGAGAAGUUCUUUCGAUUUCAGCUCAA